AUGACCCAGGAGUGCUGGUGGAGCCAGGGGCUGGCAGCGCCCAGUCCCGGGACGGCCAUGAACAAGACAGAUGGAUAUUUGCUGAUGAACAGAGCCCUGGAAAAGUAUUAUCUUUCCACUAUGUACAGCCUUGAGUUCAUUUUGGGCUUCAUUGGAAACACCAUUGCUGUGUUUGGCUAUAUUUUCUGCCUGAAAAGCUGGAAAAGUGGCAACAUCUACCUGUUCAAUUUAUCAUUAUCAGAUUUAUUAUUUCUGUGUACUCUUCCAAUACUCAUUGACAACUAUUCCAGAGAUCAAUGGGCAAACAAGAGUAUCUUGUGCCACAGCAACAGAUGCCUGCUGCAUGCAAACCUGUACAGCAGUAUCCUUUUCCUCACCCUUGUCAGUAUUGACCGAUACAUGGUCAUAAAAUAUCCUUUCAGAGAACACUUUCUACAGAAGAGGAAAACGGCCCUUAUUGUGUCUGUUGCCAUAUGGAUUGGGGUGAUAGUGGAGUUGCUGCCCUUGGUGUACUUCCUGGAGCCUGUAACACCUGCCAAUUAUUAUGAGUGUCUUGAUUAUGCAAGCUCUGGAGACCCCACGGAAAGCCUCAUCUAUAGCAUGUUCCUGACUGUCUUUGGGUUCCUUAUCCCUCUCGUGAUCAUGAGCUGCUUCUACAUGAAGAUGGUUCUUCAUCUUAAAACCAGGAGCGAGCAACCCAGCUCCUUCCUGACACUUGAAAAACCCCUUACUUUAGUCAUCCUCACAGUGGCUAUCUUCUCACUGCUCUUCACUCCUUACCACAUAAUGCGCAAUGUCCGACUCGCUUCCCGAAUACCAGCCUUGGAAGCAUCUGUGUGCACGAAGGGCAUCAUCAAUACCAUUUACAUCAUCACGAGACCUAUUGCGUUUUUGAAUAGUGCCAUCAACCCUGUUUUUUAUUUUUUAAUGGGUGACCACUUCAGAGAGAUGUUCAUGGCAAAAAUAAGGCAGUUCUUGAGCAGGUUGAAGACUGGCAGAUGA